GUAGUCAAUGCCUCUAACACGUUGUCACUCACACAAGCUGUUACACCAAACAGAGUUUAAAAGCGAACUGUUCGACCUCGCUAACGCCUGUUUGCUUGUUAUGUCGCCUAACACUCGGCUAUUAUAAAGGUAUCACAAGAACAGACGCUGCCAGUCAACGCCGCUGAGGGACCGGCAUGGCCUCCAGCCUGUGGCAGCUGCUGCUGCUGACGAUGCUGUUAACAGGUCCGACGUGUGUUGUCGCAUACAACAGCUCUGCAGAUAGCUCAUCUUCCAUUGUUGUGGGAAACAUCACAUGGGUAGUAGGAUCGUGCUCCUAUAAGGCCAUUGACUGUCAUCCUGAAGCGGACUGCGAGGAGAACAUUGACAACACUACUGAUUUGAAGAUCUUCCGAUGUUUCUGUCCACCCGGAUUGAGCGGCGAUGGGUAUACAAAUGGCACGGGCUGUGCAACGGAGUACACUCGGUGCAUCUUCAAACAGGACUGUCACCAGUUUGCCACAUGCAACGGUACCUCUUACUGUGAAUGCGACAAAGGCUUUGUUGGCGAUGGAUUUCGCUGGUGCAAUGACACAGACGAAUGCCUGUUGUCUCCGUGUCACGCCCACGCCGACUGCCUCAACAACCCUGGCAACUUCACCUGCGUGUGUCAUUUCCAAGACAAGUACUACGGGAACGGAUUUCAGUGUGAACACCAAUGUUCCUCCAACUUUGACUGCCACCCUCAUGCCAUCUGUAACGACACUCGAUGCCUCUGUACUCCAGGCUUCAACGGAACGGGGCUGGACUGCAAUGAUGUUGACGAGUGCACGCUCUCCCCGUGCCUUGGUGCUGGAACUUUCUGUGUCAACACUCCAGGAUCGUAUCGGUGUGACUGUGAAAAUGGCUAUAUAAAGACUAAAGAUGGCGUAAACUGUGAAAAAGCCCCUAAAGACUGUGAGGAGAUCAGGAUCAGAUGGCCGGGGUCCAGUGACGGCAUGUACACCAUCGACCCCGACUUCACUGGACCAGCCAAGUCAAUCACGGUGUACUGCGACAUGCGGGGGGACUACGCCGUGACGGAGGUUGUGGUCAGUGCCACUCCACUCAACGCCAGCGGCGCCCAGGUGAUAGACUAUAAGGCUGAUGAUAUCACUUUACAGGCUCUCAUUGGUGUAUCCGUCUUCUGCCAGCAGUCUGUAAGCCUCAGCUGCUCUGCAAGUUUUCUUUUCGACUCGAAUUUCUACUGGAAGGAUUCCUUUGGCAACAACCACACUUCAUGGUCUGGGGCGUCGGAAGAAGGGAAGUGCUCGUGCGGUGAGGUGAGAGCCUGUGGUAAGUGUUACUGCGGAAACCAAAAGAAGACCUCAGACGCCGGGACGUUUGUAGACAAACAAAAGUUACCUGUAACUUUUAUCAACUGGAGAACAAAUUCUGAGAGUACCUUUGUGAUUGGAAACUUCAGAUGUGCACCGCGAAUCUUCGAUAUUGCCCAAGACUGUUCCAACUUGCCCAGAAGCGGUCCAACGUACAUCAGCUUCAAUGGCGCACUUGCCAGGCCAGUUCUGGUCAUGUGUGACGUCACCAGCUACAAGCACGUCACAGUCAUCGAAAUGCAGACAAAAAUUUCGCUCAUCCAGCCGCUAGAUAAAUCAGAGGUGGCAGUAGACUACGUGCAAGGCUUGGAAAACGUGGAAAAGAUCAUAAACGGAUCUUUUUUUUGCGUGCAGUCCGUUAAUUAUCGGUGCAAGAACUCUCCAAUCAAUUCCAACCAAACGUACGUACGAGUGACGUCACAAAGACGACAACUGACGUACUUCCCUGGCGCCAACGGUGUGGCCAACAGCUGCGCGUGCGGGGCGACGACGACUUGUGACGACACCAGCCUCAGCUGCAACUGUGAUGCUGGAGGACCUAUCUGGCGACAAGACUUCGGCGACAUCAUCAACAAGGAGGAUCUUCCCGUUGUUGGAGUGGUGGCAAAUGUGGAGGUUGGGAGAGAAGGAGAGUUCACCAUUUCCACCAUCAGAUGUGCAGCCAAACAGUUUGGUAUUCAACCAAACUGCGAAAAGCUUCGCAAGAGUCCAGGAUUUGUACCCAUCACCAAUACUUACUUUAUUGAUCCAGACGGACCCGGGUUGGAAAUUGGAAAUGUCCUGCCGCUUCUGGUUUAUUGUAUUUUCCAAGCCAUCCCAGCCCAAGGCAUCACUGUGAUUCACCAUGGCAACGAAAAUGCUUUCGAAGUCUCUGGAAACGUGUCCAUCACCUACCUGCAGGCAAGCAUCCUGCAGCUGGCUAAGCUGAAGCUACGGUCCACCUACUGCUCUCAGGAAAUAGAGGUUGUCUGCUCCAGGUUCUCUCUCACCUGGAACUCAAGUGCGGCAUUCUGGUCAACUGCUGACGGAAAUAAAUUUCGACUUGAUCAGACUUUAACCACCUGUGCAGGUGUUGGAUGUAAAUGUGACGGAAACACCAUAAACGGCAAGGACAGCGGGCUGCUGACUGACUUAAACACACUUCCGGUCACUUUCAUCGACUUCAGCGACCUGCUGCCGCAACUGAACACAAACACAUCAGCUCAAGUGAAGAUUGGUCCUCUCAAGUGUUUCGAGACAUUUCCCACCUGCAACGAAAUCAACUCUUUCAUCAAGUCAGGAAAGGGAGUGGAAGGGGAGCCAACUCCAGUGGCAGGCUUUUACACCAUUGACGUGGAUGGUCCAGGCGACUUAGCUCCUUUUGAAGUUUACUGUUCUCCUCCCAAUACCAAAGUUGACACAGACACGGACACGGGGUCCAUUGUUCCCAAUGGUACUCAGCCUGCCAGUAAGUGCUUUGACAUCGUCUACACGGACAGGAAUGGAACCAUCAUCUCUCCUCAACAGCUUCUCCUUCUCAGAGACAAAUCAAGUAACUGUUUCCAGGAACUGACCCUGUCAUGUCUCUAUGCGCGUGCAUACCACCAUGUAAAUUUUACGACUUGUGAUGGAGUGCAUCAGAUCGGUUGGGCCGGAAGUAGCGGCGAAGACUCGUGCGCAUGCGGAGUGGGCGGAUACUGUGAUGGCAAUCGCACCAACAAGUGUAACUGUGACAUGGAGGACGGGCAGCUGCGAACAGACGGUGGAAUCCUUAUUAAGUCCAACCAGCUGCCAGUUUGCCAGGUUUGUCUGUCUGUGGAUGGGAUUCCUGGGAACCCUUCUCCGGUAGUUCCUCUACGCCGUCUCCAGUUUCAACUGUCUGGGUUGGUCUGCCAUCCGGGUUCUGCCAAAGGUAUUCAGAAGAGUUGCCAGGAUGUGAGAGCUCAAGCCGGAGUCCUGACGGCCGACAAGUUACAAAUAGUCUACAUGGUCCCCAGCCAGCCCAUGCCAGUGGCUUGUCGCCUGCUGGUCAACCCAGCCAUUGGCCAGCUGGAAAUAUUUCCUACGGAGAACACCUACGUGAUUCCGCCCACCCAGAACGUGUCGUUGGUCAUCACGUAUUACUCCAUCAACAUCACCUACAUUUACCAACUCAUGCAGACCCAUGUCUACUGCUCGCAGAGAAUCUACAUGUUCUGUCUUUCAGAGGGUGUCAACAUAACAUUGGGUGGUCAGUUCGGGUGGACCUCCAUCCAAGGAGACCUACAGUACAGCUGGCAGCAGCUGAGAGCUGAAGAAAUACCCGACAGCCUGUGUUCACAGCAUCCGGACCAGUGUCUCCAGUGUGGCAAGCCUGUGGGCUUCGCCGUUCACGAGAAAAGAAAGCUUCCCAUCACUGGCCUGACCUUACCUCAGAUUGGCUCUGUCAUCAUUGUUGUCGACGACAUCAGAUGCACAGACGUCUUUGAGACGUGCUAUCAGAUCAUGGCUUCCGGAGACCAGAGCCCUGUGUAUCCUACAACCAACGAAUAUGUCAUUGACCCUGACGGAGCUGGUGGAGUCGAACCAUUCCAUAGCAAAUGUGGUUUCAUGAAGACUCAGAAUUGUGCUACGACCGAGGUUCCAGUACAAGAUGCCUUACUAAGUGGAGUGCGGGUGCAAAAUGUUUUACAGCCCGGAGGACAGUCAACACCACUCACCUACAAAUAUGCAACCGAGGAGCAGAUCAAAAAACUGAUCAACGUGUCGCCCUACGUGUGGCAGCCGGUACAGUUUGAGUGUCUCGACACCAAGCUCAUCAACUCUGCGAGUCCAGCACACAGCUACUACACGCUACAACAUCAGCCAUCCUUCUCCUUCGGCACCGACAACGACACUGACGUCAUCGGCUGCCCGUGCUCUCUCACCGGCACGUGCGAAGACGGAGUCACGUGUCACUGCGACAAAGCUUCAGGCAAUGUGUCACGUGACUGGGGAAUAGUCAGUCGCAAGGACAAACUGCCCAUUACUAGUGUAGCAAUCGGAGGUCAAAACACUUCCAGGGCAUACGGCGUGAUGACUGUAGGCAGUGUGUUCUGUAGCAACUGUAUCAACCGCUACCCUCGGGACUGUCAGGAAGCCAUCGAGUGGGGGGAACGGUACGGCACGAACUACAGGAGGAGUGGCGAGUUCUAUAUUAACCCCAGUCCUGGAGUGAUACCGGCCUUCCCCGUGUUUUGUGAGAUGAACGUCACCAGCUCCGUGGGCAUUACCCGUAUUCAUUCCUCUACACUGCCUCGCACCCCGUUAGCAGUCAACUCCUCCAGCAGUCAUGGCUACUUCGCGUCCAUGCAGGCCUACCGCGCGCUCAUCCAGGUCUCGGCAUUCUGUGUCCAGCCUGUCAAGUACGAGUGCUACAAAGCCAAGCUUCUGGGAGGCGGUGCUUUCUGGAGCAGCUCCAACAAUGUGCCGAGGUACGUGUGGGGGACCAACGUCACCGGAAGUUGUGCCUGUGGCGUGCAGAGCCUCUGUGGCGGACUCGACUCCAAAAGCAAUCAGAGAAGCAGGAAAUGCAACUGUGACGUGUUUGAUGAGAAAUGGCGGGUGGACGCCGGGCUGUUGACCGACAAGAGUAUUCUCCCUGUAACGUCCCUCAACCUUGUCCAGCUGGUCAAUAACGGAAGUUCCUAUGUUAUGGUCACCAUUGGUGAUCUGUACUGCAGCCAAAGUCCUAUCGCAUUUAAUGAGUGUGCAAUGGGAUUCCACGAAUGCCAUGAGCAAGCAGUCUGCAACAAAAUCGCUGGUGGAUACACCUGCACCUGCAAGAAGGGUUGGGAGGGCAAAAACAAGUUAACCAACUCAACCACUCCAGUAGCCAACGGAAGGGAAUGCAUGGACGACGAUGAGUGCAGCUUUGGGCCUUGUCCUUACAAUACUGACUGCUUUAACUUACCUGGAACCUUCAACUGCACCUGCAAACCAGGAUGGAAUCAGACUGGACCGACGACGUGUGUGGACAUCAAUGAAUGCAAAGCAGGAGGUAUCGCUAACUGUGACAUCAAUGCUUACUGUAUCAACCUGCAGGGAUCCUUCAGGUGUGUGUGUAAACGGUCUUUCCGAGGGUCGGGCAACAAGGGCGACUGUCACGAGGUGGGAGUGUGUAAGAUUUUUGGUGACCCUCAUACACUCUCGUUCGACGGGAACUUCAACAAUUACCAAGGUAACAAGUCCUGUGGCUACAUCGCCUGCCAGGACGGCUGCAACGGAGGCGAUCGGUCUUUUCGCGUGGUCAUCGUACCAUGGCAACAGAACCCUCCCCUGCCUGGUGUUGGCGUCUACACCUGGAUCAAGGAGGUCAAAGUUGAUAUCCCAGGGCAUGAGAUAAUGUUGCGGCAGGGACGCGUCAUGACUGUCGACGGAAUCGCGGUCCACGGGUUCACAGCUCCAGGUUAUCUGCUCCUUGAUAACGGCCGUCAAGCGAUUCUGCAGACAAGUUGGGGACUCGAGCUGUAUUGGGACGGACAGGAGGAGCUUGAUAUCGUCCUCUCGACAGCCUUCAUGAACACACUGUGUGGCUUGUGUGGCAACUUCAACUUUAAACCUGAGGACGACUGGACUGUAGGACCCGGUUGUAAAGAACUUCAAGGGAACGUGACCAACAACUACCAGAUCUUUGGCAACUCGUGGGUUGAUCUCGACAGUUACUCUAACAACUCGCAAUGUACACCAGACUGCAAGAGCCCACCGCCACCGGAAGUGUGCUAUUCACCUGUCCAGGUCGUUAACGACUACUGCGAUAGACUCUUCAACGAAAGCAGAUCCCCUUUCUCUGCUUGCCUCAAGCUCAUGGACAGCAAGCUGCUGGCUGGGUUGCGAUAUUCGUGUCACUAUGACCUGUGUCGCAUCAAGACCGACAUCAUGAAGACCCUGUGCAACGCGGCACAAUCGCUGGCCCAGGACUGCCAACUCAACUACCUCUUCCCCCUGACCCAAUGGCGAACCUCCACUUUCUGUGAACCAAAAUGCUCGAAUAACAUGACCUACAUGCUGUGCGGUCCUGACCCCAAUAACCCAACGCAGCCUGAGCGAACUUGUCUCCACGUGCGGCAACCGGAUCUCGGACUUCCGGAUAAAGUAGUCGGGUGCCUGGAAGGAUGCUACUGUCCGAUUGGCUUGGUGAAGGAAGGCAACAAGUGCCUCCGCCCUGAAGCUUGUGGAUGCUACGAUAAAGGCCUCUACAUCCCGCUGGGAGAGACGAACACUGCGGUAGGAUGCGUGCAAACAAUGAGAUGCAAGGCUGGAGGAGAACUAGAAGAGAUACCUCUUCAGUGUGGACCUAACUCGUCUUGCAGGCUGGAAAAUGAAGUUGUGGGAUGUCACUGCAACCCGGGGUUUAUGGGUGAUGGUGUCACGUGUGUGACUGACCCGUGUUACAACGUCACGUGUCCGGGCGAGGGUAUGGAGUGUGUGAAGGGAGUGUGUGAGUGCAGCAUGGGCUUCAUUGGCGACUGCAAACAAUGCAUCGACAUAAACGAAUGUGCAUCGCAAACAGACGACUGUGACAGAGAGAUGGAAAACUGUUUCAAUUUUCCUGGUGGAUACACCUGUCUUUGCAAAGAUGGGUACAUACGGGUCGGUGACACCUGUACAGAUGUCGAUGAAUGUAAACAUGGGCUUGCCAUUUGUCCUUCUAAUUCCAUCUGUGUGAAUAAGCCAGGGAAGUACUCGUGUGCCUGUUGUAUUGGCUACAGUAUGAGCUCUGAUGCCUUGUGCGUCGUUAACAACGAAGAAAUGUCUCUUUACCGGGGAAACAGCAAUGAAUGCUGCACCUGUAGCACACCUGCAUGUGGCACUCCUGGACGGGUGUGCGGCAGUGACGGGCGCACGUACGACAGUCUGCGGGCGCUGGUCGUUCAGUCUUGUCUGAACGAGACGCGGGUGGAUCCGUUGUAUGCAGGAGCCUGCAAAGAUACCUGUGAUGGAGUUCAGUGCAGUCUUCCUUUCUCAGAAUGCCGCGCUACAAAAGGGAAAGCUGAAUGCGUGUGUCCCAAGUGUAUUGUUGAUGACAACAUCCCGGUGUGGUUGGCUGUGUGCGGCUCGGACAAGCGUGUGUACCGCACGGUGUGUGAACUACAGGCCAAGGCGUGCUCCUCCAACAACAAACAGCUCAUCGUCAUGUCCUCCAUGGCCUACUGCACUGGCACUGGGCACGCCAUCGGUCUCUUCAACACAACGGCGUGGUCCGAGUGCAAUGUGGACUGUGGUAUCGGAGAGGCCAUAAGAACUGUUGUCAGCGUCGACAACUCCAGUAUCCAGUACAACCUGACGUCUGUCUGUUACAAGCACUGUGAAGAGCUCGGGCCGUGCGACAUGUACACGUGCGCGGGCCCUGGGGAGAUCUGCGUGGAGUUGAAGACCGGACCUCACUGCCAGUGUCCGUCAUGCGAGGAUGAAACCCGCCAGCCCGUGUGUGGGGCCUUGCUGAACAAGGUGGACACUUACGACACCGAGUGCCAACUGCGUGUCCAAGCCUGUCUGACCCGCCACAACUACUACAUCUUGGACAACGUCUCCUGUGAAGCGGCUCCGAUCACCUGUAACGUAACACAAAACUUCGUGACGCAAGAGGAUGAUGAAGGCUGCAGGAACCCCGUGCCCUUUGACCUCGGCAAGUGCGGUGGGGGCUGCGGCAGGCUCCCAGAUAAGUGCUGCUACAAGAGCCGCAUGGUCAGCUCUGUCAUCACACUGGACUGUCCGGACGGCCGGAAAAAGGAGAAAGAGGUGGAGGUGAUCAAGGAGUGCGCUUGCAUCCCUCCAGAAGAAGUUGCCAGAAGAGAAGGCUUGUAGUGCCGUCAGUGUGGACGACCGUGUUGAUCAUGAAAUAGUUUCUGCUUCUCGUUCAAGUACUUUUAUGACAUCAGCAUCGCUAAUUCCUUGUAGCUAAACAUUAAACAUCCAGCUUUCAUUCUUUCAUUCAAAAAUGGACCGUGUGCAGUGAACCAUGUAACUAGUGCUUAUUACAUUGUCACCAACUUUUUGUGAGGACUGCGGUACUAACAUACUAUUUUUUUCAGUGGCUUUUGUCAGAACAGUGUAAUGAGCACAUGCUACUUCAUGAGAAAGUUUGUCGAACAUUUACCAAUACAUUCAUUGCUUGAUUAUCUUUGAUUUUCUUCACUAACGAAAUAUAUCGGUUCGACCUGUU